UCUCUCUAACGACCUGAAACCUCCCAAAAUAAAAAGGACCCUUCUCAACACUUCCAUUUCCAUCUCUCUCUCUCUCUCUCUCUCUCUCCAUUAGAUGCUACAAGGAAGAUGAUGAGCAGCACCAUGGAAAGCGAAGAAGGGAUCGUUACCGUAAGGAGAGCGGAGAUCGACACAAGGGCACCGUUUCAAUCCGUCAAGGAGGCUGUUGCACUCUUUGGAGAGAGAGUCUUAGCAGGGGAGGUUUAUGCCAACAAGCUCAAAGAGAUGAGAGGCGCACCAGGUGGAACGAGCCAUGGCCCAUCGAAGCUAGGGACUGUAACGGCCGAGCUCAAGGAAACCAAAGAAAACCUAAAGAAAGCUAAAGAAGAGGGCGAACAAUUGGCGAAUUGCCUCACUUCUCUCAAAGAAGAGCUCGAACAGACGAGGAGAGAACUCCAACGGUUGAAAUCAAAGGAGUCAGAGAAACAACCAAUAACGUUCGACUCAGAGAUUGAAGAUCUCAAGUUCGUCGAGAACACUACACAGAUAGAAGUCCAGGUCCCAACGGUCGAAGAUGAAGGGACGGAGUUUCAAAGGAGAAGAUAUGUGAAGUUCGCCGACACGCCGUCCUUCGCUCAGAUUCUGAACACAGAAGGUGGUGGGCAAGUUCUUGAGAGGUAUCCAUCAUUAAAGAAGAAGAAGAAGAAGCCGUUGAUACCGUUGAUUGCCGGGAUUUUCUCUAAGAAGAAGGGAUUUCAAGAAGCUUCCUCACCAAGAGCUCAAGCAUAAGGUUAGUAGAUAUAUGAAGAUUCAAAACCGCUUCUACGGUCCAAUAAUCAAUGCCCAUGAUAAUAAUUCUUUUUUCUUUUUUUUUUGGUUGCAGAAUGAUUCUAUGAAACUAGUUUUGGCUGCUCAUUGCAGUGCCAAUAAGUUGUAUUGAACACUUGAAUAGUCUAAAACAUUGAUCUGAACCAUCCAUACAGUCCAUCUCACUUAUUGUGGAGUACCAUGCCAAUAUGACUUUGAUCAGAUGAUCCUACCCAUCAAAACAAUAGCCACCUUGUUGUUGCAACUGUCUAUCACUCAAGAGACCAAUUGGAUGGUUAGGAUCGUUGGAUCGUCCCAUCCAGAAUCUCCUAGCUGAACUUUUUUAGUUCGAUCGGGCCAUUUUAUUCUAUUGUUCAUCUGGGGCGUCAUUUUGAAAUUUAUCAAUCCGAUGGUUAGGAUUGUCCGAUAAGUGUUAUUUCUUAUCGGUGGCCAUCAACACCGGGUUUUGAUGGAGCAAAUGGACGGUUCAGACUGAUGAAUAAACUGCUCAUGUUCCAAUACAACUAAUUUGCACAGUAAUCCAAUGCGAGGUCGUUGUAUAGAAUCAUUCUCUUUUUACUUUUUGUUGAUUUGAUACCAUUUAGAAAAUGAUAGUUUUGGUUCCUUGCAAUGAUAUUGUAGGAGGGCAUGAAUGUUGAGUAAACGUGAGUGAUGUAAUAAUAUCAAUACAUGAUGAGUUUGCAUUUCUUUCCUUUUUUUUUUUUCUUUAGAAAAGAUCAACGGCGGAGAUUUGGGUUAUUUUCACUUUUGUCCCUUGAAAAUAUCAUAAUGGGUUGUAGGUUAAGUUAACCUACAGUCGUUUUAGGUGAUCAGUAGUUCUCUUUCUAAUAUUCCAUGCUUGUUUUAUUGAACUCCCUCCUUUUGUAAAGUUUGACAACUAUGGAUUCGAGAAUGAUGGCUAACGAUUACUUGCUUAAGACAUCCAAGCCAUUUAAAAAGUGGGUCUUACUAUGAAGAUAGUCUAUCUUGAAAAUGUUGGUGGCUCGCCAUUUAAACACCAUGAAGAUGGCCUGUCUUGAAAAUGUAUC